AUGUGAAAGGCUCCCGCCCGCCGCCAUUUUCUUUCUUUCUUGGGAGGCAGCGAGCGGGGCAGGAAGCGGUGGCUGAGCGAGUAUGGCGGACUAUUCCACGGUGCCCCCUCCUGCUUCGGGCGCUCCCGGGGGAGGCGGCGGUGGAGGUGGAGGAGUGAACGAUGCCUUUAAAGACGCGCUGCAGAGGGCUAGGCAGAUUGCAGCAAAAAUUGGAGGAGAUGCUGGCACAUCAAUGAAUUCAAACGACUACGGUUAUGGAGGACAAAAAAGACCUCUUGAGGAUGGAGAUGGCUCUUGGACAAGUCCGAGCAGUACAACACACUGGGAGGGAAUGCCCUCUCCUUUUAAAGAUCAACCAGAUGCUAAGAAAGUUGCUCCUCAGAAUGACUCUUUUGGAAAUCAGCUACCACCGAUGCAUCAACAACAAAGGUCUGUGAUGACAGAGGAGUACAAAGUUCCAGAUGGGAUGGUUGGAUUCAUAAUUGGCAGAGGUGGAGAGCAGAUCUCGCGCAUACAGCAAGAGUCUGGCUGUAAGAUACAGAUUGCACCUGAUAGUGGAGGCCUGCCUGAAAGAUCAUGCAUGCUAACUGGAACACCAGAGUCUGUUCAAUCAGCAAAAAGAUUACUUGAUCAGAUAGUUGAAAAGGGAAGACCUGCACCUGGCUUUCAUCAUGGUGAUGGACCUGGAAAUGCAGUCCAAGAAAUUAUGAUUCCAGCAAGUAAAGCAGGAUUAGUUAUUGGAAAAGGUGGAGAGACAAUUAAACAAUUACAGGAGCGGGCAGGUGUCAAAAUGGUCAUGAUUCAAGACGGUCCACAGAACACUGGUGCAGACAAGCCCCUUAGGAUAACUGGAGACCCUUAUAAAGUUCAACAAGCCAAGGAAAUGGUGCUGGAGUUAAUUCGUGAUCAAGGUGGCUUUAGAGAGGUGCGCAACGAAUAUGGGUCAAGAAUAGGAGGAAAUGAAGGGAUAGACGUUCCAAUACCACGAUUUGCUGUAGGUAUUGUAAUUGGAAGAAACGGAGAGAUGAUAAAAAAGAUACAGAAUGAUGCUGGUGUUAGGAUCCAGUUUAAGCCAGAUGAUGGAACAACUCCAGAUAGAAUAGCCCAAAUCACAGGGCCUCCUGACAGAUGUCAGCAUGCUGCAGAAAUUAUUACAGAUCUCCUUCGAAGUGUUCAGGCUGGUAACCCUGGUGGACCAGGACCUGGUGGUCGAGGAAGGGGUAGAGGCCAAGGCAACUGGAACAUGGGGCCUCCUGGUGGAUUACAGGAAUUCAAUUUUAUUGUUCCCACUGGCAAAACUGGAUUAAUCAUUGGCAAAGGUGGUGAAACUAUUAAAAGCAUAAGCCAGCAGUCUGGUGCUAGAAUAGAACUUCAAAGAAAUCCUCCACCUAAUGCGGAUCCAAACAUGAAGAUGUUUACUAUCCGUGGAACACCCCAGCAAAUAGAUUAUGCACGACAACUUAUAGAAGAAAAGAUUGGAGGUCCAGUAAAUCCAUUGGGUCCACCUGUUCCCCAUGGACCCCAUGGUGUUGUUCCUGGCCCACAUGGACCUCCUGGGCCACCAGGUCCUGGUGCUCCCAUGGGACCAUAUAACCCAGCUCCUUAUAAUCCAGGGCCUCCUGGCCCUGCACCUCAUGGUCCUCCAGCUCCGUAUGCUCCACAAGGAUGGGGCAAUGCUUAUCCACACUGGCAGCCACCAAAUCCACCAGAUCCAGGUAAGCCAGGAACAGAUCCCAAUUCAGCAGCGUGGGCAGCUUAUUAUGCUCACUACUAUCAGCAGCAAGCACAGCCACCACCCGCAGCCCCUCCUGGUGGACCAGCUACAACCCAAACUAAUGGACAAGGAGAUCAGCCAAAUCCAGCACCAGCAGGGCAGGUUGACUAUACCAAGGCCUGGGAGGAGUACUACAAAAAAAUGGGUCAAGCAGUUCCUGCCCCUGCUGGGGCUCCGCCAGGUGGUCAGCCAGAUUACAGUGCAGCAUGGGCUGAGUACUACAGGCAACAGGCAGCAUAUUACGCCCAGACAAGUCCACAGGGAAUGCCACAACAUCCUCCAGCACCACAGUGCCUUCCCAGACCUUCCACCUUAGGUUCUGCUGCAAAAAAGCAACAGUGCUGAAGAUGCUGCAAGCACCAAAUCAUAGCUCAUAGAAUCAGGUCCUGAGAUAGUUACUACCAGUAAAGAGGAAUCCUUUGAGUGUAUGCCAUUGGUGAGCCGAUGAGCAUGGACCAUAGAAGGGCUCCAUGUAGAAGGUAAAAUUGGCAAAAACAUAACAGAUUUGAAAUGUAUCCCAUACAUAAUGGUGUAGGGUAUAAUUUUUGUUUUGAUCACUUUUCAUUCUUUAAAGUAUUAUUUGUUUGACCAUAAAUGUUCCAUAAUCUGUUACGUUUUUUAAACUGUGAUUUAAUAAUAUAAACCAUCUAUUUUACUUUAUAUUCUUCUAAACAGCCAAGCUUAGAUAUAUUGAAUUUUUGAACUAAAUUAAUAGUUGUGCUUCAGUUUCUCAAGCCACUUAAUAUUUCAUCUGUAGUUUAAUAUGUAACUUCAUUUUUGACGUGAGAAAAGGUUAGGUGUGUACCAUUUGGAUUUUGAUACUGUGAAUUUAGUGUUGGGGUGAGUCAUUUGUUCACUUCCUUUUACAUGAUACUUUUUUCUUCAACUGUUGUUCCUCAAAUAUCUUGAACAGUCUUUCAAUUGUAAGUUUAGCCAGUGGGAGGAGAUAGAGAAGAAAAAGCCAGUUUAUUGGAAUGUUGCUAGUGUGUGGAAGAUGAGAUGUCCUUGUCUGUAGCAUUUGAGGUGUAUUGACUUCCAGCUUUCUCACUGCUGGGCUUACAGGCAUGCUAUUUUGUGCUAAGCAUAGUGUUUAUUUUUCAACUCUGUCUCCAAACUCAUAGUUCUUAGGAGAACAGAAAAUAGAUUAUUGGAGUUAUCCUGAUCCAUAAAGAUAACUGGACUUCCUUAGAAAUGUAAUGAACUUGUCCAAAAGGUAUCUUUAAAUGUUUCCUGCUUUUUUUCCCCCCCCUUAGAGUACCACAAAUUAAGUAGAAUGUGAAGAGUACAAAAAGUUUAAAAAGGAAGCAUAAUGUUCAAAGUAGGAAAAGCAUUUUCGUAUCACUUUCUGCAGCCUAUACUUCAAUAGGACAUGAAAUAGAAUGUCAGGUGGAUAAUCUUCAGUCUAGCAUGAUAAUAAGUCAUCUAUUUAAGUUGUCCAGGCAGACAGGAUCAUUAUUCACUUGCAGAGCCUAUCUUGAAAUAUUUCAUUUUUUUACUAGUGGUAUUUUAUUGGAUGAUAGAAACUGUUUCUCCCCUGUUCUCUUCCAAAGUAAUUUUUAAGUUUUCCAUUGCAUGCUAAAAGCUUUUUAUUUUGCUUUUUUUCUGGAAGUGGGGGGAGGAAGGGAGGACUGGGCUUUUCAGAAAGCAUACAGUUGACAGGAUUCCCUCUUCCCUAGUAAUAGCUUAUAAAACUCUUAUGUAUGCACAAAUAUUUCUCUUGCGUGCAUGUGAAAUGCCUUUUCGUCCUGAGAAAAGUGUUCUCUGCAGAAACUACCCGUGUGUAAAAAGAAGAUUGGCUUUAAAAGACAACUGUGAUGGGAACAGUGUCUUAGGGAGAUGCAGCUUGGACUUGAGGUAAAUUGAAUGCUUUACAAAAAUGUGGUUUUGAGCUUGCAUUGACAUUGUAUGUAAUAUGGGUACACGUUAACUGUAUAAUGUUUUUUGUAUGGUUUUUCUCAAUAAAUGUAAACUGAUGGAUAAUAAUAGCAA